GAUGACUAAUCUACUAACUUCUGGUCAUAGACGUUAUAACCCACUAUUAGAUGAAUGGAUUAUUGUUUCUCCACAUCGAAUUCAACGUCCUUGGGAAGGACAAAUGGAAUCUGAUAGUCACAAACCCACAGAAGUAAAUGACGUUUCUGUAAAAUGUGCCAAAAAUCCAUUAUUACCCGGGUCCGUUCGUGCAAGUGGCUUAAUCACACCUAAUUAUCAAUCUGUCUACACAUUUCACAAUGACUUUCCUGCUUUGGUUAAUGUAAAUCGCGAAUGUGAAAGUGUUAGUUUAACGACCUUCACAUCUGUUGAAGAAAAUCCAUUAUUUGCAUGUGCGCCUGCGCAAGGUGACUGUUUAGUUACUUGUUUUCAUCCAGAUUCUAAUAAAACCUUAGCGCUGAUGGAACAGAGUGAAAUACUAUCAGUUAUUACUGAGUGGUGCCGUAUUACUGAGAAAUAUUUUAAAAUGAAAAAAUUUCAAUGGCUGCAGAUUUUUGAGAAUCGAGGCGCAGCUGUUGGUUCGUCUAACACGCAUCCACAUUGCCAGAUUUGGGCAUGUGGUUUUAUGCCAUCACAAGUGUUAAGACUUGAUAAAAAUCAACAGAAUUAUGCUCUGCAACAUAAUGGUAUACCUUUGCUGUUGGAUUAUGCUAUGCAAGAAGAGAUGAAUAUGAAUAAUUGUACAUUGGAUUCGCGUAUAAUUAUCUGUUCAACUCAUUGGCUCGUUAUUGUACCAUGGUGGGCAUGUUGGCCUUUUGAAACAAUGAUUUUGCCUCAUAAACGUCAUAUUCUCUGGUUACACGAAUUAACCGAAGAUGAAAAAUAUGACCUCGCCUCCGUAAUGCAGAAUUUACUUGUUCGUUAUGAUAAUCUAUUUAACACACAAUUCCCGUAUUCUAUGGGUUGGUAUCAAGCACCUAUGUGCUCCUCCAAAGAGGAGUCCGUGGAAGAUCUAAAAAGUAAAUAUAAACAUUGGCAGCUACAUGCUUUGUAUUUACCUCCCCUGUUACGAUCAUCUACAGUAAAAAAAUUCAUGUCUGGUUUCGAGUUAUUAGCGGAAACCCAGCGAGAUUUACUACCAGAAACAGCUGCAAAUAUGCUUCGUGAAACUAGUACAGUCCACUAUACUAGGCGGACAUUAUAAACAUGUUUCUGAGUCAGUAAAUCACUUUCAUGAUUAAAGGGCUUUCAUUUCGUUUUGCGAUUUUUUAAUGUUCAUAAUGACGGUACUUUUAAUAUUUUGAACAGAUAUAUCUUGAGAUGUUCCAAAAGAGUAUUUGUUAUUUUCUUAAUAAUUUCUUGAUGCCUUAUUAACUUUAAAUAUGAUCUAUUUUGAACAAUAAGCUAUUAUGUUCCUUUCGAAUUUCGUACAUCAGUUUGACGAAAUAAUUAAAGGCAUUACAUGAUGCACAAGUUUUUUACUUCAGUCCAAUAAUUCCAGUCGUUUUUUGAAGCUUUACUUGAAUCAGCCCCCUCAUUAUCCAAAUUCCGAAUAACACGAUUUUUUAUUUGUUAUGUUUUAUGAUGAACAUAGUCAUGCAUAAUUUUCGAACUUUGGAUUGUAGCUAAAUUAUUUCUAAGAAAGCUUUUUUGUUUGACUAACGUUUUUAAUCUUUAGAACCAAUUCAAAUUAAUUUAUACUGAACAGACAAGGACCACUAUUCAUCGUAAUAUGAGUGUGACUCAGUUUGUUGUACACGAAUGUAUGGGGAUGAUUUGUUAUAUUUUAUAGUUGGCCAGUCAGUAUGAUUAUCUGAAAUGUUAAAAUAGGCACUUAUCGAUAAAUAAAUGUUUCUUAAAACCCUUCGUAUGGCGUUUGUGAUCAGUUGUUACUGUCACUUUCCCAGUGAAAAUAAUUUCGAAUAAUUCCUUGAUAAUAUAAUUGUUAGAUUCACCUGAUGCAGUAUCUUUGAUGAUUAACUUAUUGUAACAGAUCCUAGUUCCUCAUACCCAAUAAUUGGUUAGUAGUAUUCUCUUCCAAUUUUUCAUACUUAAUAUCC